AUGAGACCUUUUCUAAACUAGACAAAUGUAAUGAUGGCUGCAUAACGAUAAGUGAUUUCCAGGGUGUACUGAAGGACCAUAACUAUCAACUGGGACAAGAACAGAUCAAACAGCUCUUGGUCAGGUUGGAAAUCCCACUGUAUAACAACAAAUUUUCAUAUUCUCAUUUCUUACGGGCUACUGAGGGUAUUGAAAACGAGACUUUAAAGUGUGGGUCGAAACUUACAUUUAUUCCAUGUGAAAACUUUGAAACCUCAUCUCCAGAGAAAGUGAUCACUAGACUAAAGGGAGUUGUCCUCAAAUCCUAUGGGGCAUUGUUCAAGGCUUUUAAAUCAUUUGAUAAAUAUGGAAAUGGAAAGAUCAACUCUUUGGCAUUCCGCCAGGUGCUCAGUAAUGUAUGUUUCAGGAUGACGGACAGGGAGUUCAAUUACCUCCUCAGCAAAUUGAAAUUAGACUCUGACUACAUGGUGGACUGGCUUGACUUCCUGCAAACCUCCACCAUCUACAAUUAUAAGGCUGCAGAGGUAUCAGAUGGAGAAACUGCCAGACCUAAAUCAUCGCAGCAGUUAACAAUGAAUGAUAUUAUGUCCCACAUUCGGGAGGUUGUCAAUAAAUGUCUCUAUACCAUUACUCAAGAGUUUGAAGACAUUGAUUAUGCAAAUAUAAAAGUUAUUUCCAAGAAAAACUUUAAAGAAAUAUUUUUCAAGCACUUCAUGAGUCUCACAGAUGAACAGUUUGAAAACCUGUGGAAUCAUUUACCAGUCAAUGAUUAUGGGAAUAUGGAAUAUCAAAAAUUUUUGAAGCAAUUCACUGGACUGGAGUCACUUGAGAUGAAGAGUAGUCGAGCAGCAUCACCAACAAAACCGUCAACAGCUAGAAGUGCGAGCAGAUCUUCAAGUACUCAGAGUCGUAAAACAGCUUCUUCCAUCCAGGGCAAUGAAAAGCCAGUGGAGUUUUCACAACGAUCAGCCUCUGUAGCAUCAUCAAUAAACUGUGAGGCAAUUGAACAGAAGCUGAAGAAAGAUAUUAAAAAUUUCUGGAAGGAGAUACAAAAGGAAUGCAUAGAAAAGGACACUGAGAAACAGGGUGAAAUUGAUGCUGCUGAUUUUCAGGCUAUAAUGAAAAAGUUCUGCAUGCCAAUUAAACCAGGAGAGUUCCAACAGCUGGCCAAGAAGUAUGAAACUAAGAACAUGGGUCACUUUGCAUACAAUGAAUUUCUUCAGCGGCUUGUCUUAUCACUGGGGAAAUUGGACAUGAACCCACUGCAGAGAAUGAGGAUCCCACAUCCAAAGAUCCCGAUGAGCCCCGGGACAGAACAUGAGACAUUUACUCAAUUAAUGAUGCGGAUUCAGCCAUGUAUCACAAAAUGUUGGAAGCUUAUGCGUCGUACUUUUAAAACCUAUGAUGAGACAGGGAAUGGCUACCUCUCACUUUUUCUGUUUAGACAGGUCCUGCAGCAGUAUGGUAUUAACCUAUCUGAGGAGGAAUUUUACUACCUGUCUUCCUAUUAUGACAAGCAUCUACAAGGAACAAUCUCAUAUAAUGAAUUCCUGCGUGUAUUCCUUUGAUUACUCUGUUUCUAGGUUCCUCUUGUAUUUUAAAAAGUAAUAUGACAACUGUUUUCUAAUCAUAAAGCUAUUUACUAGACUCUCAACUGUACAGUUAAAUCAUAUUUUGAACUUUUCAAAGUUUAGGCACUAUAUUUUAGAAGCAUCCUUUUUUUCUU